UGCUGCUCUCUCUCUCUCUCUUUCACUCGCUGAAAAUGCUCUGUUGGGAAUUGUUUUUGGGCCUGAUUUUUGUGGGCCUCCAUGUGUGUGCUCUGCCCUCAACCAAUAUCAAGAUCACGCAAGCACUGCCUGUACAGCUGCCUGAGCCCAGCCAACCUGCCACCUGCCCACUCUUUUGGACCGAGUUUGAAGGCCACUGCUAUCGUUUCUUCCCCCUUAACCGCACCUGGGCAGAAGCUGACCUGUACUGUGCAGAGUUCUCCAAUGGCCACAAGUCCGCCAAGCUAACCUCUAUACACAGCUGGGAAGAAAAUGUGUUUGUUUAUGAUUUGGUGAACAGCCGUAUCCCAGGAAUUCCCACUGAUAUUUGGAUUGGCCUUCAUGACAGAAGACAGGAGGGUACUCUCGAAUGGACUGAUGGGUCAGCGUAUGAGUACAGUUACUGGGAUGGGAACCAGCCUGACGACGGCAUCCAUCGCAUUCCAGUGGAGGAGGACUGUGUAGAGAUGUGGUACAGGCAAAACAGUGCACUGAGGUCCUGGAACGACAACAGCUGUGACAAGGCCUUUCCCUUCGUCUGUAAGAUCCCCACGUUGGAUAACUAGCCUCUUUGAAUUCCCCCAAAACCCCACUCUACCCAUUUCCUUGUAGUCAUCACUGAUUCUCAGUCACCUCCCAACUCCAGCAGACUUCCACCAGAUGCUCUAAUUCCUUCUCCAUUCCUUUGGAGAGCAGUAACAAUGGGCACCCUCCAAUCUUCAUCAUAACCAGACUCAUCUUCCUCUGCCUCUACUUCCUCAUUUGCACUUCUCAUCAAAAAGCACCAAAAACGGACACAAAGAGGACAAUCCACACACCAGAGCUCGCCUUGUGCUCAUCUGGGCCUCAUUUAAACCUGUGAGUCACACACCAUGUUCCUCUCACCUCAUCUUUGGAUGCCCCAGUUUAGAUUUGGUGCUACCAAGCACUGCUGUACAAACUUGUGUAUUGAUAUUGCUGUUGUUGCCAUUGCUGUGAGUAUGUGUUGAGUAAAGCCCGUGAAACACAGCCGUGUCUCAUUCACACAGAGAGAGUGGGAGAGUUGAACCAGAGGGCAUUGCUGAUAGAGCAGUGAACAAAGCGUCAUUGCGGAUGUUUUUCCUCCAGCGUAGCAGCUCUGAGGACUCCACCCUCUUAAACAGCUGGAGUCUCACAGGCUGAGGACACUGUGUUCAGUCAGAGUUCAAACGCAGAUGUUCCGAUUUAUCCAUUUAUGGCAACCAUGCUCAAAUAUUCUUAACCUCACCGGCUAAUCCACACCACGAGAAAGAGAGUACAGGUGUGAGUUGAGUUUGUAACUCUCAGAUGUGUCCUGGCUGUGGACGUGUCCUGGGUUCAUUCGGUGCUCCAGGCCUUGUGAGGGUUUGCCUGUGCAGGCCGAUCAGGCGCUGACCUGGAAG